CCUGUCUCGAAGAAAGCUGCGUGGCCGACAACCGGAAGGGUGGAUCUCUUUGUAUUUAUUCCCGAGGUUGUCAUAUCAUGGCUGAAAAUGACGCAGACAGAAUCCAGACUGAGAAACUCCUAAAGAGAGUACAGGAACUGGAGCAGGAGGUAAAGCGACUUAAAAAGGAACAGGCCACGAACAAGGACUCAAACACUCGAGAGAAUUCUUCAGGAGCUGGGCGGAAAGCUAAGCGUGCCUUUGAUUUCAGUGCUCACGGUCAAAGACAUGUAGCUCUAAAGAUCGCCUAUCUGGGCUGGGGCUAUCAGGGCUUUGCCAGUCAGGAAAACACAAGCAAUACAAUUGAAGAGAAACUGUUUGAGGCUCUAACCAAGACUCGACUGGUAGAAAACAGGCAGACAUCCAACUAUCACCGGUGUGGGCGAACAGACAAAGGAGUUAGUGCCUUUGGACAGGUGAUUUCUCUUGACCUACGUUCUCACUUUCCAAAGGGCAGGGAUUCUGAGGAUCUUAACUUAAAAGACGAAGUCAAUGAUGUGGCUACAGAGAUCCGUUAUACCCACAUUCUCAACCGGGUACUGCCUCCAGACAUCCGCGUGCUGGCCUGGGCUCCCGUAGAAACUAGCUUCAGUGCUAGGUUCAGCUGUCUUGAGCGGACCUACCGCUAUUUUUUCCCUUGUGCUAACUUAGACAUUGUAACCAUGAACUAUGCAGCUCAGAAGUACGUUGGCACACAUGAUUUUAGGAAUUUAUGUAAAAUGGACGUAGCCAAUGGGGUGAUUAAUUUUCAGAGGACCAUCCUGUCUGCUCAAGUACAGCGAGUGGGCCAGAACCUGGCCGAGGAGGGCUGGCAAGAACCCUUUCAGUUAUGCCAGUUUGAAGUGACUGGCCAGGCGUUCCUUUAUCAUCAAGUCCGCUGUAUGAUGGCUAUUCUUUUUCUGAUUGGCCAAGGAAUGGAGAAGCCAGAGGUUAUUGAUGAGCUGCUGAACAUAGAGAAAAAUCCCCAGAAGCCUCAAUAUAGCAUGGCUGUGGAAUUUCCUUUAGUCUUGUAUGACUGUAAGUUUGAAAAUAUUAAGUGGAUCUAUGACCGGGAAGUUCAGGAGUUCAAUGUUACCCACCUUCAGCAACUAUGGGCUAAUCAUGCUGUGAAAACUCAGAUGUUGUAUAGUAUGCUGCAAGGACUGGACUCUGUUGCACUGCCCUGUGGAACAGGACCAAAGAUGGAUGGAAUGAUAGAAUGGAGAAAUGUUAAGCCCUCUGUCAUGAAGCAGACCAGUGCCUUUGUAGAAGGAGUGAAAAUGCGCACUUAUAAGCCCCUAAUGGAUCGUCCUAAAUGCCAAGGAUUAGAAUCCCGGAUCGAGCAUUUUGUACGUAGGGGACGCAUUGAACACCCACAUUUAUCCCAUGAGGAAGAAACAAAAGCCAAAAGGGACUGUAGUGACACACUAGAGGAAGAAAAUACUGUUUUUGAGAAGCCAACGAAGAGAAUUUGUGUUGAUGCAGAACUUAAAAGCAUCAUUUAACCACAGAAAACUCACCAAGAUCCAGGAGGCAACAAAGCACCAUUAGGCUACAGAAGUUUUUUUUUAUAAAAAUUGACCUGUUUUUAUUUUGCAAAACCAAAAUACAAGACAACAAUUUUUUUUUUCCAUCUACAAUUCAGUUACUUCCAAAUAUUGUAAGACCAAACAGAAUCCCGGGCCCUGAGCAGGAAAUUAAAAUGAGACGCUGAAGCCACACAAAGGUGAAUGCUGAAGAUUGACAUUCCACCUGUAGGCCACAAGUCUUCCAUUCAAACACACUCUUAAUUCUUUUCCUUUCACAGUUUCUUAGUGUUUUACAGGAAGUUCUUUAAAAUAAUUUCAUCUCAAAUACCAGGUUUAAUCAGUGAUACACAGCUCCAUGAAAUCUGUGUCUCCAUCUGAUUGACAGGAAUGAAAAGUAAUUUUUGUCUUUUUUGGAAUCAGCCAGAUUCCUUAAUAAAUCAGGAAAGGAGAGAGAAAAUCUAGGUUGUGCUGGGUGCUGUUUCUACUUGUCUUUCAAGAGUGUGACUUUAGAAGCAUUAAGUCACACUCUUGCUACUACAAUGAUUAGUACUAGUAAUCUUUUUUUAGAUGAUAAAAAGGAAAACAUCCAAUGGAUAUAAAAAAGGUCAAAAACUG